GUUCUGGAUUGAACCUAGUUCUUCACAGUGCUCUGGUAAACGGAAUAUAAUACAGUUCAGUCGAAGAGUGUUUGCGGGUUUGAUACUUUUGAUCUGUUAGAGAAAACAUCUAACGAAUUAUGACUGUUUGGCUUGGAGUAGUGCUUGUCGCGUUUGUCUUAAUUAUUGCCCUCUUGAUGAUUAAACAAUUUUUCUGGAAUCCACGAUUAAAAAGCGUAAAGAACAAGCAUGUUGUGGUGACUGGUGGCUCGAGCGGCAUCGGAAAGUGUGUAGCAAUUAUUGCUGCAAAACAUGGAGCGAAUAUCACGAUAAUUGCGAGAGAUGUGCAAAAAUUAGAAACAGCUAAGAACGAAAUAUUGCACGCUUGUGAGAACAAAGAUGCACAAAGAGUAGAAUAUUUGUCUUUGGAUAUCGGAGCAAAUUAUGAAAAUGUCGAGAAAGCACUGGCCGAUCUCGAGAAAACCAUGGGACCAAUUUACAUGCUCGUUAAUUGUGCGGGUACCGCAAUUCCCGGUAAAAUAGAGGACACCACCGCGGACAGUUUAGACAAAAUGAUACAUAUAAAUUUGCUCGGUACAUACUAUUGCAUAAAGGCAGUCGUGCAGAGAAUGAAAGCUUCCAGAGAAGGAGUGAUUGUCCUAACGUCAUCUCAAGCCGCCUUCUUAGGUAUCUUUGGCUACUCCGCUUACUGCAGUACGAAAUUCGCUCUUCGCGGUCUAGCAGAAAGCAUAGCGAUGGAAUUGCGGCCAUACAAUAUCUCUGUGACCCUGUCUUUGCCGCCUGAUACAGACACACCUGGGUUUGCUGUCGAAGAGCUGUCAAAACCGCUGGAAACGAAACUCAUAUCACAAUCGUCGGGAUUAGUCAAACCUGACGUAGUCGCCGAGCAGCUUUUCAAGGAUGCUCUGGCAGGUAAAUUCUUCUCUUUCGUCGGUGUGGAAGGUUUCCUUCUGGUAACAUUGUGUGCAGGAAUAUCGCCGUUCAAUUCAAUCUGCGACCUAUUGUUGCAAGUAUUGUUGAUGGGUCUAUUACGGAUCGUUGGCGUUUUUCACCUCGUCUUCUUCGACAAGAUCAUACUCAAUUGCAUGAAAACGCGUGAUAAAAAUAAAAAAUCCGAGUGAAGAUUUCUCUCGUAUUUAUAAUUACCGAGCUGACAUUAAGGCGAGAUUAUUUUUUUAUUCCAAACCAAAGCAUUUAAUAUAAUUUCAGUAAAUCUUCGCAUACGAUAUGAUCGACAUGUGAUAUCAUUGACAUUUGCAUAAUUUAUUUAGAUUUAUACGUGACGUCUUCUCAAUGAAAUCUUUCGUUUUCUCCAUAACUUGGAAGAUUAUUGUAACAAUAUAUAUAUAUGUAUGU